AUGGACCACCUACUACGAGACAAACUUUACGAUGUCAGCGGACGAGUGGCACUUGUCACCGGCGGCGGAACCGGCAUCGGUUUGAUGAUUACUAAAACCUUGGCAGCUAACGGAGCGAAAGUCUAUAUUGGUAGUCGCAGGGGAGAAAAGGUUGAAGCUACUGCCAAGGAAACCUCGCCGCAAGUUGCGGGUCAAAUCAUUCCGAUCGAGCUCGACGUGACAAACAAGACAAGCAUCAAGAAUGCGGUCAAGACUAUAUCUGAGAACGAUGGCAAGCUGGACCUUCUGGUGAAUAAUGCUGCAAUUACUGGACCCGUUUCUAUGUUCUUCAACGAUCCCUCAGCCUCUGAGAACAAGAGUGCAGAGGCUCUCGGAAAUGCGCUGUUUGAGAAUGAAAAGGUCGAAGAUUGGAUGGGCUUGUACGGAAACAAUGUAGCCUCUAUAUUUUUCGUCACCACUGCGUUCUUGGGUCUCUUGAGCAAGGCUUCGGAAACUCGCGGGGCAUGGAGUGCUGGUGUGAUCAACAUCAGCAGUAUGUCAGGACAACUCAGGAUAUCUGAAAAUAAGUUCGCGUACAACUCAGCAAAGGCUGCAAACAUCCAACUCACCAAGAUAUUCGCAACCGAAUUGGCGCUCAAGAAAAUACCUGUUCGAAUAAAUGCCAUCGCUCCGGGCGUCUACCCCAGUGAAAUGACCGGCGAACAAGGUACUCACACUCUUCCGGGAAAAGAAGCGAGUAAAAUCGCACAAGGUCUUAGGCCGAUCCCAUUUGAUAGGUCUGGAAAUGAUGCUGAUAUGGGUGGAUUAGCGUUGUUCCUUGCGUCUCCUGCUGGAUACUAUGUUCACGGACAAGUGAUUACUACCGACGGAGGCUUCACUGCCGUCCAUCCUGCAGUCUCGUAA